AUGGAUUUUGACACCAUUUACGGCGCUGGCUACAAUAAAUCAACGUUUUAUGGUCUUCAGGUAGGGGUUUGGGUAUUACGGAGAAGUUGUUUGUUGUUGAAGAUAAGGGAAGGUAUUUAUUUGUUGUUGAAGAUAUCGAAAAGCUUGUUUUUGAAGUUAUUGAUUGUUGUUUUAUUGGUUUUAAUAAUUUUUAACGUUUUAUCUUCCAGUAUCAAGCUCAUGAUGGAGCAGAACAAACUUUGUGUUACGAAAAAUUUGGCAUUUUUGUAAGUUUUUGCGAUAUUAUCAUAGGAAAACACAAGGAAAUUACUCAACUUCUUGUACUUACAUGAUUUUUCUUAAUAAAAAGUUUGAAAUCAAUCAGAGCAGGGCUGGUUGGGCACUUUCUUUGGUAGUGUAUUACCUUUUUUAGCAUAACUUUUUUUAAAAUGAAGGUAGAAGCUUGGAAAUUUGAUAGAUUGUAGACCAUUUUGUAUACCAGUUACUGGAAAAAACAAAGUUUUAAUUUUUUUAAAUUUGACAAAGUUACAGUAAUUUUACUGUACCUUAGUUCUUGAAACUUACAUAAUUUUAAAGGUUAAAAGCUAUAGCUCAUGACUUUACAAUAAAAAAUAGGUUUUAGACCUCACAAUUACACCUUAAAGCCAUAAUUAUCAUCUUUUUCAGAUGUUUUCAAUUUUAAUUUUCAACUGCGUAUUGGUACUCGUAAACAUUGUAUUUGUAGUAAUUGUUGUCAUUGCCUACAAAAAAGUAUUCUGUAAUUGGAGGAUGGAUGAGGACUUUGAUAUUGAAAGUUUGGGUAGUAGUUUUGUGUCAGAUAAAGGCAGAGGAUUUAGAUCAAGCUGGUUUAACAGUUUGUUGAAGAAGCCGGUGGAUAAGGUAAAAAUUUUAAAGUUUAAUAUUAGGCUUGGAAGGCAUUUUUAGUAGAUUUUUGUCAUUUCUAUGAACUUUUAGACCGCAAAAAGUUUUUUUGAUAAGUUUUUUAAAAAUGUGUUCUUUUUAUUAUCUAUAAUUACAUUUUUCAGCCCUAUGACCCAACGGCUUCACAGCGUUCCCAGCUUCGAAAGACCGUGAGUCAAGACGAGCGGCACGAUCUGAUUCCGGCCGUAAAGCGUCGAAAUUCAAUGGAACAAUUGCGUUUGAAGAAAUGUGUUUCUUUUGAAGACGAACCCUCUCCACGAAGGUUCAAUUUGAAUGUGGAAGUGCACGAUGAGUUUCAGUUUGCCGAUGCUGAUGCCAUUAAGCCGGCCGAUGAAUCUUCUAAAACUGCUAAACGUAGUGAUUUGUAA